GUCAGAUCCAAUCACUUUUCCUCACUCAAUCACCAACCAGACAAAAAUGUCUGCGAGGGUCAAACCUUCCAGAAUAUCAAAACCUGGCCCAUCCAAACUCAGAAACUCGCUGAAAAAAUCUAAUGCAGCAGGAUAUGCUAAACGGCAUUCACAAAAGUCAUCCAACAAGGGCAAGGCUGUAUCAUUCGAUGAUGUGUAUGAAUAUGCACCUUCAAAAGUCAGGCGAGCAAAGAUUGGCUUAGAACUUGACCGAGAAGAGGCCACUGACCGUCAUAACUAUGCUUCGGACGAUGAUAUUGAUCUUGGAGGCAUGGGUCAGGAUGGGAGAGAAGGUCUACGAGCCAGAUUACUUGGAGAAAACGCAGAUGACGAGCAAGUGGACAGUGGAGACGAUGAGGAAAUUGAGAGUGAUGAUGCGUUUGAGGAGAGUGACGAAGAAAAGUAUGCUGGGUUUGAUUUUUCCAGUGUGCGUCGUAAAGCUACUGGCACUUCAUCGAAGAAGAAUAUUCGGAAACUACCUAAAACACUUCCUGAUGUUGAUUUGAAUGAAGAUCCAGAUGACGUUGUCUCCGAUGCAGCUUCUACGGAAAAACUCGAGGAAGAUGAAGACGAAGAGAUGGAAGAUGGAGAUGCCGAGAAUUUCUUUGACAUCCUGGAAGUAUUUGAUGGGAAAGCAGACGCAGAAGAUGAUGCACCGGCAAAGCAAACUGCGGAGAAGACCAAAGAUCCUACGUCAGAUGUAUCUGGUGAGGCCAGUGAGUCGGAAGAUGAUCAGAUGUCGGAGGAUGACCAUGGGGAGGAAGAGGACGCCGUAUCAGCAUCUGAGGAUGAGGCCUCCCCAGAAGCUCUUGCAGAACUAGAAAGUUUCCUAUCAAGACUGGAUCCGGCAGAAGACAAAAAACGCAAAUCAAAUGAUGUCUCAGCCACACAGUCCAUUCCGAAAAAACGUCGCUUGAUGCAAGAGCGCACUGAGGCUGGGGAUGAGGGAGAGUUUGGCGUCUCUGCUGGUGGCUCUAGAGCACUUAAACUAGACGACCUCCUUGCCCCGCUUGCGUCUUCAAGCACACUCACAACGCUCAAAAAGUCUAUGAAGCCUCUCACUUCCACCUCAAACAAAAUCAAAACUCUAUCGGCACCGCUUCCCCAGCGAGCUCAAGAACGUCUCGAUCGCGAAGCCGCGUACGAGCAGACCAAGGAGGAAGUGGACAAAUGGAGUGCUACGAUGAAACAUAUCAAGCAGGCAGAACAUUUGAGCUUUCCGUUGCAAGCACAGCCAGAAGGUCGCGUCUCCAACUUGGAGCUUGCUGCAAAAUUCAAGCCUUCGAAUGAACUCGAGUCGGCCGUGGAUAAUCUCCUGAAAUCUGCUCAACUUCGCGAUCAGGACAUUGCUGGAACUGAAGCUCUGAAGAUGGCCCAUCUAUCGGUCGAAGAGGUCGCGAAGCGACGCGCAGAACUGCGCAUGAUGCGCGAGCUUGCAUUCCGGGCCGACAAGAAGGCGAAGCGAAUAGCGAAAAUUAAGAGCAAAGCGUACCGCCGCAUCCGAAAAAAACAGAGGGAACGGUUGGGUGGCGAAGAGGGAGAUGUGGAUGUGGAUGUUGAGGAUGCAGGAGCGCAGUUGAAAGCUGAGGUGGAGAGAGCAAGGGAGAGAGCAACUUUGAGACACAAGACCACUGGGAAGUGGGCAAAAGCCAUGCAAGGACGCGGGGAGCUUGAUGUGGAUCAAAGGCAGGCCAUUGGAGAAAUGCUGGAGCGCGGGGAAAAGCUUCGCCGUCGCAUACAAGGCGAGAUGAGCGGCGACGAGUCUGAGGAAAGCGAGAGCGAUGAUGAAGAACAAGACAUAGAGACCAUCAAGCAAGGUGCAUUCGAAGAGCUGGCCAUGCUCGAUGCCUCCGAAACUCUAUCUGCAGACGUCAAAAGUAAGAGUGUCUUCAAUAUGAAGUUCAUGCUCGAUGCCGCGGCAAGGCAAACCCGAGAAGCGGACGCAGCUGCGGAUGACUUCUUGAAAGAGAUGGGAGGGGUGGAGCAAGGAAGCGACGACGACGCUUCCGGUGACGGACUCGGAACAAUGACAGAAGGCCCGUCAGUCCAGCGCGUGGGCGGGCGCGUGAUAUACCAUCCUGGCACAAAUCCUUAUGCCAAGCCAGUCGGGUCGCACGCAUCGGAGACUUCUAGUGUUACCCUCCAAUCCGCCGACCUGGUGCAAGACAGUCCAAAAAGUUUGAACAGCAUUUCUAGCCCAAGAGUCUCUACCCCGGCGCAGGAAAGCAAUCCUUGGCUCGUCGCAUCAUCGUCUUCGGGCACAUCCCGCAAAAGAAGCGAAGUCCUUGUGCAAAAAGGCUCUGACGCCCUCGCGAAGUCAACCAACAAGCUUAAGAAGCGAAUUGCCAAAGGAGGGGAAGAGAAAGAACGUAUUCAGAAUGACGCAGUGCUGGAGAUUGAUGCCAAUAAUGUUCUCACUGUUCUUGAGCCAGCCUCUACACCGGCUGUCAUCAAGACCAAGAAUGAGCUAAAGGGAACGGGAAAGGGAAAGGAGAAACCGAAGAAUGACAGUAUCGCUGUGCAAAUAUCACCUGCUGAUGCUGAUGACUCUGAUGGACAUAGCGAGGCGGACGAGCAGGAGCAUACUCUGGAGAGAAAGCGCCAAGGAGGCAAAGGCAAAGGAGUGGCCGCAUUCAAGCAACGAGAAUUGGUCUCCCUUGCUUUUGCUGGUGAUAAUGUCGUUCAGGCAUUCGAGGACCUAAAGCAGACAGAGAUCGAAGCAGACGCACCACGAGAAGUUGAUACAACUCUCCCUGGUUGGGGCUCUUGGGGGGGUACAGGUACCAAGAAGCUUCCACCAAGACCAAAUCUGAUUAAAAAAAUCGCUGGUGUUGACCCUUCGUCUCGAGCCGAUUACAAAAAAGCACACGUCAUCAUCUCUGAGAGGCGGGACAAAAAAGCGGCCAAGUACCUCGUCAAGGAGUUGCCGUACCCAUAUACCAGUCAUGCCCAGUACGCCCGCAGCAUGGACAUACCUAUAGGUGCAGAGUGGAAUACUAGAGUAGGGUUCCAGAGAGGAACUCUCCCUCGUGUUGUGAAGAAGAUGGGUACUGUUAUUGAACCCCUAGUAAAACCAUCUUGACGGCGAUUUAUUGUUGAUUGUUGCAUGCAGUUGCUCAGUUGACGAGGAAAUUUCGAUAGGAAUGUAUAUCAUGAUGUAGCGACUGUGAAACAGAUAGGACGUAACCUUGUAAACUUGUAAAGUGCAAGGAACAUUGUCGUUAUUCAACUUCAAAGUAGUUCGGCGCUCAAUCGAUAUCGGCGCAUUCAAGUUGUGCAUCGAGACCAACUUUAUCGACUUGUCCACUUGUUACUAC